AUGGAUGAGGUUCAAGCGAAAGAAUUCGAUCCAGACAACUACAGAAACCUUUUGAAUUCACUUACGGUCAAUUCCAGAACAAUAAUCAAUGAAUUAACAUCAAUAGCAGAACAACAUAUUGAACAUGCCACCGAAAUAUCCGAAUUAAUAGAAACUAGAAUUAGGAAAUGUGUACCGAAACAGAAAUUAUUUAGUAUUUAUUUAAUGGAUUCUAUUUGUAAAAAUAUUGGAAAUCCUUAUAAUGUUAUAUUUGGAAAUGGAUUAUAUAAAUUAUUUGUGGAAACUUAUACUUUAGUGACUGAUACUCCAACUAGACAAAGUUUGAUUAAUUUGUUUCGAACUUGGACUCAGAAUAAGAAUUCAAUCGGUGGUGAAGUGUUUCCGAAGCUGGUUUUAGCAAAGAUUGAAAAAUUUAUUAUUCAGGCGACUUCAAUAUCAGCGUCUAAUCCAAUACCCAAUAAUAAUAACAAUGGUAAUAAUAAUAAUAUUAAUACAAUCCCGGUGUCUAAACUAACACCGGAAAUGUUGAUUAAGGAAGGGAAAAGUUUAUUGAAAUAUGUGAUUAGUUUGGAUAAAGCAUUAGAUCAAUUUGGUGAAUAUAAACAAUGUCUAGAUUCUAAAGAUAAGAAAUUCAUUCAUGAUAUGGAAAUUAAACGAAAUUUAUUAGUUCUGAUUAUAAAUGAAACCGUUGAUUCUAUAUAUGUUGAUAUUCAAGGUAAUAAUACCAGUGGGGAGAUUAAAAGUCUAGGUGGGUUCCUGAAUGUUAAUAAUAAAUUUGAAAGUAAAGUAGGGACAUAUCAACUGGAUUUACAAUAUGUGAGAGCUCAAUUAGAUGAACAUGUUUAUCAACAAGAUCAAUAUUUUAAAUUAAAUAAAAAGAAAUUACAAGAUCGGAUUGAAAGGGAUAAACUUAAACAAAUCAAAUUAGGAGAGAAAAGAAGAAGACAAGAAUAUCUUGAAGCUAAUAAAGUUGUUAUCGAUCCUGGUGUUAAGAAGGAUUUCUUUGUUAAUAUGACGCGGAGCAUAGAUCAAGAUGUGAAAUUUCUUGACUUGAUUAGUCAAUGGGGUAAGACCCCGGCGUACCGAACCAGCAACAAGAGCCUAGACACGGGUGAAUCUAAAGCAAUAAAGAAACAAGCUAAUAAUGAGCAAAAUAAGAAUACAUUAGGAUUUGAUCUUGGUUCAAUUGAUUUCAGUGCCAUGUUAGGACUGAUGCCCCGAGAAGGAGAAGAAACAGAACUGAGUACCGGGUCAUUUGGAAGUUUAGGUUCAAGUUUCUUAUUAAAUAAUCCCACCAAUCGAGUUGCUAGAAUGGAUGAUAGCAGCAGCACACCCGAGGGAGAAGAAGAUGAUGACGAGAUCCCCAGGGGAAGGUUUAAUACAUUUGGGAGAAUACGACCACCGACACCCCCACCGCCGCCUCCACCUCGGGUAGAACAAGGUGAGAAUGGGGAAUUGUUAUCGCCUACUGGGACUACUUCACCUCGAAAGAUGAGUCUUUCGGAAUAUCAAACCCAUAGGCAUGAGUAUCAACCUCAUCCGAAUAUGUAUGUGCCAAAUAUACCACCUGUGCCGGUGUCAAGUGCUAGUGAAUCAAUUGAACGGAAAUCCAGUUUGAAGAGGAAGACUAUUGGUGGAGAAAUGCAUAAAGUUGUUAAAAAGGUGAGGUUUAACAUUUAG